GUGUGACCAGAGUUGUGAGUGAGAUGGGUGCAAGUUGGCCGCUGUUACUGUUCAUAGUACAGCAUCUACUUACAACGGUGGCAGCAUUAUCGGCCAAAUGUGUGGACAUACCGUCUAGCAUGGUUUUGUGCAGAGGUGUGGGAUACAAGCAGAUGCGUGUUCCGAAUUUACUUAUGCAGGAAAGUGUGGCUGAAGCUGAGUCCGAAUCGUCAGUUUGGCUGCCGCUGCUGCAGCUACACUGUGCAGCUGACACGCAGCGCUUUCUCUGCUCGUUGCUGGCUCCUGUCUGCUUGGAUUUGGCCGCCAAUGAGUCUCAGGCCAGCCAGCAUGUGAUUCAGCCUUGUCGCAGUCUUUGUCUGGCUGUACGCGCUGGCUGUGAGUCUCGUAUGCUUGCCUAUGGCUAUCCCUGGCCUGCAAUUUUCGCCUGUAAUAACUUUCCUCUGGACAACGACAUGUGUAUUGCACCGGCACCGGUACCACGUCAACGCAAAGAAGGUCAAUGUCGAGCAUGCAAUCAGGCGGAAACCUAUGAGAAUAUCGUUGAUAACUUCUGUAGGGCUGAUUUUGCUGUGCGAGCUAGAUUGAAACGUAUCAAAAGACUACAUUUGACUUGCAAGAAAUCCAAAGUACUGAAAGGUGGCAAGCAAAGCGUUUCAAGAGCGAAGCUGAAAAGGUCAGUCCUUGUGCUGGGGUCUGACGAUGCAUGUUGUGAGGAUAAGGCCAAGUCCAGUAGGAGACAAAUGUUUCUUGUCAUGGGUGUAUACAGCAACAAAGAUAGAGACAUCACUCUCACUCCCACCUUUAUAAUGCCAUGGCUUGCCAAACAAUCGAAUGCGUUCAAGAGAGCAGUCGGAAUGUUCAACAAACUCAAUUGCACGGACCCAAAAAUGUUAGCAGUACAGUCAAAUGCUAGUGUUACUGGUAUGCAAGAAUAUUUGAACGAUAAUAAGCCCAAGCCUAGCAAUAAAGUUACUUAGCAAACAGCAAGCAGUCUUUUCCAUGAAACAAAAUUAUCAAGAACAACAGAAUAAAAAGUUUACACCAGAAGUAAAUACAGUAAAUAACAAGAAAGACAGUAUAUCAACAUUGUUUAAAAUCUGCCAAGUUAUUUUUUAAUUACCAUUGUCUUCUUUAAUACGUACAUAUUUGUUGUAAUUACUAGAUAGGUACUAUUUCGAAUGUGUCUUGAGUAGCCUACAGUAACUUUGUUUGGACUUCUGCACUCCUUCAGAGAUAAAUCUUAGAUCUUUUGCAAGUGUAAAAUCAUAGUAGAGCUGCCCUCACUGCUGCAACACGAAGAAAAGACAUUUUGAAUUUCACAGUCAAGUGAAUUAAAUCACUCCAUAAAACAUUUUAGUUUCAAACUGGAAUUUCUACUUGAACUUCUUCCAUUCUAAGUUUUCAAAAAAGUAGGCUAAUAAUAAUAAUUUGGAUAGAUAUCUAUUGAGUAUUAAGUGUCAUAAUAUUAUAUUUUUGAUAAGUUGAAUGCUUAUAAAUAGCCUACAGAUGCGUGGGGUUUCAAAAGGCAACAAAAGAGUCUUUAGUCAGGAAAUAGAAUUAGUUUUGUGUUACAUAUUCAAUAAUUAUAAUAAUUAUAACAUAUAAUCGUCAAAAACUUUUGUAUCAAGCAUGAGAAAUCACAAAAUUUUCAUUUACAGUGUUAUAUUAUCACUUAGAGUAUAUUUGUUUAGUUGAAUACUGGAAAAAAAUGAUGUGGAUUUCCAAUGCAAUACGAAUCGAUUUAGUCAGAAAAAUGUAACUAAUUCAGAUCUUAGUCAAGUCUAAAUCCAUGGUUUCAUCAAUAGGAAUUAAAAUUUCCUUUUCAUUCUUAUUUAUUUAUAUGGUUGAAUGGCAACAGUGUACAUUUACUCAAUGGCUACUCAUCGGUCUACAGGCAAGAAGGAAUACAUUCCUGUCCCAUUAUUUGCUACUCUUCCUGUCAGAUCUAUUUUUAUCUCUCAGAAAUUGAAAUGAAAAUGUUAUUUUCUAACGCUCUUAAAUCUGCCUAAUAUGAUAACUAGAAAUUUGUUUCGAAACUUAUUGAACUUUGAUAAGAAUAUUUUCGAUGUACUACAUAUACACGUAUAUGUAGUUUGGAUCAGUGUAGAAUCCCAUUGCUAUUAAUUUUCUAGUAGUCAUUUAAAUUGAAGAAAUAUAUUUUUCUUAACCAAGAAA